UCUGUUACAGGGCAGGCGUGUUAAUGUUCAACAAUUUCGAAGCCGCACGAGCGCGAUGGUUGCGACUUAAUAGGGUAAAAUGUACUUUUCUAUAAACAAGAAACCAUGAGGGAAUAUUCUUCCAGGAAAUAGAAAAUGCAUGCACCAGUGGAUAGAAAGAUGACGUAUUGACUUUGUUGUUAUUGACGGAUAUUUGAGAAGAAGACAACAGAGGAAAAUAGCGGAAAACGUUUGUGAAUCAGCGAUGCUUACAUUGUUGCGAAACAAACACUGAGCUCGGGUUUCCCGUGAUGGUGUAAUUGCUCGUGUGAAGUUAAGGGUACGUUGAGUUAUACUGGAAUUUUCACGUGUGCGAAUGCAGUGAGCAUGGGAUGGGACAAUGUGAACUUAUAUUUGCUUAUACUUCUACACAUGUGGAUAUGCUCUCAAGCCUCAUUGGUAGUGGAUGUAAACUGUUGGUGGAAUCAAGCUCUUCCUGUGGUGGAAAAUGUGGCUGUUGUGUGCAACACCAGUGCACAGGGAAGCACAGAUCGUUGUGAACUCUGCCAGCUUUAUAUUAUCAUGCACGAACAGACACAUUACUUACCCAGUGCCUGUGCCAACACCAUAAAAACUAUUCACAUUCCUGUUGCAUCAGAACAUCUCGUAAAUAUUGACUGCAAGCUUGUGUGCCAGGACAAUAAAGAUGAACCUUGCCGUGUCACUGGAAGAGGAGGCUAUCCCCCAUUUCCCCCAUCCCGGCCCGACUGUUCUAUAGAAGACUUGGAGGAAGGAGACAUUCAUUGCUCUUGGGAAAGAUCCAAUGAGCCAAUGAUUCCAACUAUUUACAUCCUACACUGGCAAGAUUGUGAUGAGAAUGUUAACUCCAGAGAGAGUGAUAGUGAGAAUGGAGUCAUAAAACGAGCAGAGUAUAUGAAAAACACUGACAUUGGAGUGUGGGUCACUGCAAAAAACCUGCUGGGUUCUGCACAGUCUGAAGUGUCUGUGUUCAACACAGGAUAUAUCACACGGCCAGACGCCCCCUACAUUACUAACCACACCUCGCAGCCACUGGAGAUCUUUUGGGAGAUGGACUGUGAAAUGUUGAGUUUCUCUGACAUUAAGUGUCAAGUGCAGUACCAUGCGCUCGAAGACAAGGAUUGGACUGAGGUGGAUGAUUAUCAAGUCACGUUUCUUUUGGAGGAACCGCAGCCAUUCACAGAGUACAAGUUUCGUGUUCGCUGCCACUGUGGAGAGGAGGAAGUUAUGAGUCACUGGAGUACAGUGUAUUCAGUCAGAACUCCCCCUGCAGCACCGACUGGACAGCUGGAUGUUUGGACUGACUGUGCCCCUAAUUCAAACACAUCUUCCUGUAAUGUCUUCUGGAAGGAGAUGCCCCCAUCUCAGGCAAAAGGGGAGGUUAAUUACUAUGUAGUGACGCUGAAGCUCGAUAAUGGUAAGGAGAACAAGCUGGUUACCAGGCAACGGAGAGACACAGAUAGUCAGCAUCCCGAUGAAAACGGCUGCCAUCAGCUCAGACAUUUCCCACUGCAGCCGGGUGUUAAGGGAGUUUUUGUGUCAGCCAAUACUUCAAUGGGGAUGUCUGACCCCACGUUUAUGGCGUUUCCUGUCAUGGCUCAGACGACACCAGAGGUGAAUCUGAGUGUAAUGGGAGAGAACCACAAGCUGUUUGUCACAUGGUCAGAACCUUCUCAAUUCUCUGAGAGCCUUCUGGAGUAUGUGGUACAGCACAUGUCUGUAGAACUACCUCACACUCCCUGCCUGAACUGGGUCAAAGUAAACAGAACCCAGAGAUCUGUCACACUCACAGGUGAAUUUAGGAACUAUACUGCAUAUAAUGUAUCACUGUUUGCCGUCAUCAAUAACCACAGCACUUUCCUCAAGUCUGCAAUUGCAUACACACUUCAAGGAGUACCCCCUGAAGUCCCACAGUUCCAUGUGAAGAACAUCUCUCAUUCAUCUGUCACUCUGAUGUGGAUUCCCAUUCCUGUGCAUGAGAGUAAUGGUGUCAUCCUCCAGUACUCAGUGGGACUCAAUGAGACAAAAAAAGUAUUAACAAAAUCAAAAAUUUCAGGAGUUAAUGUGAGCAGUGACAGAACCAGUGUGCAGCUGUUAGAACUGCAGCCAGCUCAGCAGUACCAUGCCUGGGUCAGCGCUGUGACCUCCACUGGUGAGGGAGUGAGAAGCAUCACCACUUUCUCCACCACUGAUGAACCUGGUUAUGUUACCCCAGUGCUGUUGGCUAUUAUCAUACUCCUACCAUUGUUUAUCCUGAUACUACUCUUUGCUUUUGUUUUCCUGUUAUGGACACUUUCACCCACAUGGUGUUUUCCAAAGAUUCCAGACCCUUUAAACAGUAAAUCGUUUAAACAUGCAAACUUUCAGCAUGUGUGGCCUGGCUACUGUUCUACCUCAGAAUCAUCUCUAAAGAUCUCUGAGCUGGAGAUCCUGGAGAACCUUGCUCCCACCACACCUACCCAUCCCUCAGAGACUGAAUUAGUGGAUGAGGAGCCCCAUCAGAAGCAGAGAGAUGGAAUACAGCGCCUGGAGUCUGAGAAGUCAAAGAGUGGAAGCGUUUCAGAGCAUGGCGGUUGGACAAAGGACUACAGUGAAGUUGUUGACACUGAUGAGGAGGAGGAGGGUGGUGAUGGUGAAGAAGAAAAGGAUGAGGAUUGGGUGGAGCAAAACUGUGUCUCGGACUAUGAGAGGCAUUUUAUGCCGUCUUGAGGCAAUUUAACACUGACUUGUCUGAGCUGUACUGAAUUGCAGUUAUGGUACAGAAGAACAGUGUGUAUUUACUCUUUAAUAUCAAGGUUCUCAUGGUCGUGGAAAUAUCAGGGAAUUUUAAAAACAGAUUUCCAAGCCUGGAAAAGUCAUGGAAAUUAGAUGAAUCUCAAAAAGUCAUGGAAAUUUCUUUCGUAAAUAUGCAGUUUUCUAGUUAUGCUGUACUCUACAAUAUUUCAUUGGUUGGAAAUUGCUCUUUGUGAGUGUGAUUUAUAGAACAAACUCUAUAAAACGAUUUUAUAGGAAUUAUUAUAAUCCUUACACAGUCAUUUAAAAAAUACAAUGGAAAAGUCAUGGAAACAUUGUGGAAAUUAAAUGGUCAAAAAGUGUGGGAAUCCAGAAAUAUGAAAACAAUACUGAAAAGUCGCAUGUUCUUUAAUUGCCAAAUUUAUGUAGGUCUUAAUUGUAGAACUAUGGACAUCAUUUCAUGUUUACAAUCUUCCAAAAUACUCCAAAAUAGCUCCAACGUACAAAUAACAAUAGAAAUAAAAAACAAAUAAAACUAUUACAGACAGACACGCAAUUUACUUGUACACAAACCAAGGACUGUAAAAUAUUUCUUUUUUAUACUUUAUAUAAUAAAAAUGUUCCACAUAUUUGUAAAAAAAUUAUUUGUUGCCAUCACAGAUUAUUUUCAGAAACAUUGUCUUGUGAAAAUUAAUUGCAAUAAUUUGUUCUGUCUGUCUGUCUAUCUAUCUAUAGGGCAAAGGUCAACAUGACAGGAUUGAAUGAAUUAAAAUGAGUAUCUUUAGACUGCCUUGGGUUGUAAAUGUAUUUACAAUAACAUUGUGCACAGGAAAAGAUCAAUAGCAUUUAAUUUAGAAUCGGGGCCUACUUUAUAUAUAUAUAUAUAUAUAUAUAUAUAUAUAUAUAUAUAUAUAUAUAUAUAUAUAUAGACUGUCUUGGGUUGUAAAUGUAUUGAUGGAUCACCAGCUUUCUGACAGAUGGGCAGCAGCUAGUGAGCCUGGGGAAACUCACAUUCGGGACCCUCACUAUUAACAGUGGUGCUCCUCAGGGAUGUGUUCUCUCUCCACUGCUCUUCUCCCUGUACACGAAUCAUUGCACUGCAAAAGACCCCUCUGUCAAGCUCCGAACGGUCAGGACUGCUGAGAGGAUUACUGGUGACCCCUUGCCCACCCUCCAAGACCUGUACGUCUCCAGAGUGAGGAAACGUGCAGGUAGAAUCACUCUGGAUCCCACACACCCUGCCGACUCCCUCUCUGAGCUGUUGCCCUCUGGCCGGCACUACAGAGCACUGGGCACCAGGAACACAAGAACAGUUUAAAAAAAGGAAUAAUAGGGUUCAAACAGGGUUACUAUGAAUGCAAACUUUAAUACAGUGAAAAAGACACUCUAUUAGCAUAACAUAUAUAUAUAUAAAUAAAUAAAAAAUGUCCAACAUUCUUUUGAAUGUCCAUGUACUAAAAUAAAAUAUUUGAUGCCA